AUGUCACCACAAGUGGGCAACUGCGGAUACAACCCAGGCACAGAAGAUAUGACUGACGAAAGUUACGCCGUUGAUCCUGUCACUCGGCCACGGGCGCCAUUGUCAGAGACAACAAUUUCAACAUUCUCGUCGCCGAAUCAAGACUGCGCUGUGAGGUCAUUUAUCUCACAUGCAUACCCGAUCUCUACAAUCUCUCCAGAGAUUCGCGUCAUUGACCUACAGAGGUCUAAUGAUUUCGAAGAUCCCCUCGUGGGCACUUUCCGCACCGUCUCCCUGGCACCAGAGAGUUCCCCGCACUUUACGGCACUCUCCUAUGUCUGGGGCACCUCGCAACCGACACAGAGAAUGACCAUCGACUUGGGGGUUGGCGAAUUGCCCAUAACUAGAAACUGCCAGGAUGCUCUGAAGCGAAUCCGCCAGCUGUACGGCGACACGACAAUCUGGGUAGACUCGAUCUGUAUCGACCAGAAUUGCCAAACGGAGCGAUCUCAUCAAGUCUCCCUCAUGGGGGAUGUGUACUCUAGGGCCGAUAAAGUAUAUGUAUGGCUUGGCCAAGGGACAUCAGGUAUACAACGGGCUCUAGAGUAUAGCAAGUUUGCGGCAAGCUUUGUGUACCUGCCCCUGGGACCCGAGGCGACUAGAGGCCAUCAAUCUGUUUGGCAGCGUAUGAAGCUUCAGCUUAAGGUCAUACCCCCUUUUGUGGACCUCAAGGGAAUGUGUGACUAUUGGAGGUGGAAAGAAAUGAAGCGUUCCUAUCGAGCAGCUGAUUGGGAGGAACUGCUUGAGACACCGUGGUUCUCAAGGAUUUGGACCUUCCAAGAGAUUGUGCUCGCGGCCGAUGCCAUUAUCCUGUGUGGCCCCACGACCUUGAGUUGGGAUACGUUCGCGAGGGGGUAUCGCGACUUAAGGUGUCUUCUGAGUCAUGAAAACAAUCCGUGGACGAGUGAUGGCGUCAGAUACGAUAGAAGGACCGUGCAGCACUGGGGACGAAGACUAGUGCAUAUGCUCUUUCAGACGAAGACUCUAGGAAGCCAGGAAUGCCGCCCGUGUGGCUCUCUUGCUCUUGAGCGGAUUUUAUUUCUCUGGAUGCGCGUCAAUAGACGAGGUCUGAAUUGCAACGAACGCCUUGCCUGUGGAGGCGCUAGCGACUCGUCUAUCCUGUGGCGUCAAAGGCCGUAUGUCGACAUAUGCAACCGUCACUUGCAAUAUCUGGGGUUGACGGUUACACACAUCGUCGCUUACUUCCUCUAUUGCAUCGUGCUCGUCCCAUUGGUGAAGUCCUUCUACACAAGGACUGCCCUCUACACAGAUGGUGUGGUCAUCUCCUGCUCUUUCGGCUUGUUUUUCUUUUUGGUAAUAAUGUGUCUCUUGUUGUUGAAGCUACCCAGGACGGGGGACUUCACGGGUGACCUUGACGCCAAGGGAUCUGAGCAGCGGAUCAAUGCUGAGCUCUUGCUCGCGAUUGUUGAGACUUUGAGCUACAGACAAGCUAAGGAGUCAAAGGACAUGUCCUAUGCCUUGUAUGGUGUGCUGGGCGGCUUCGGCGUCAAGCUAUCUACGCUCGACUACAGCAAGUCACAAGCACAGAUUUAUCAUGAACUUUGUCUGGAUUUAAUGGGACUCCAGCCCUUCGCGAUCAACUUGCUUAUAUAUGCCAAUACUGUGCAGCAGGGGCACGUCUCUAUGGAGUCACGGACCGAGAAAUUACCGACUUGGGUCCCGGACUGGACCAGGCUUGAAGUAAACCAAUUCAUUUCCUUCGGAACUUCUGACAUACCCAAUGUAUAUUACGCGACGACGUGGAGAGACGCGACGUUCACUCGCUUCGGUGCAGAUAAACGAGCUAUUUUUGUCUCUGGACACUGGAAAGGGGCAAUCGCAUUCUGCAUGAAAAAGUUGCAGAUGGUUUCAGAAAUGGUGCCGUGUCUUCCCACAAGGAAAGACCCAGUGAUUACUUCCAUCGAAGCGUUUUCUGAAUGGGUAAAUGCGCUUAGGAAAGUGGUUCCUGAAUACCCAGCCAUACUCGCCGAACAGUCCUUCCGUCAAUAUUGCUUCUACUGCCAGUGCUGGCGCAAAAGUUGCAGUUGCCCCACGGGAGAGGUGGCGAUACACCCCGCGAUAAUAUAUCUGUUUCUGAAGCAAAGGCGCAGCCUGCCAGAGAAAGAUGAUGAUUUGUUGCGGGUUCGGAAAAUAUACGACAUCUUCGUGCAAGAAGAGCAGGCUGAGGCAACUGGGCCCCACGAGAUGACUCCACAAGAUGCUCACGACAUAUUGACUUCAUUACUUGAGCAGGGUUUAUUCCAGUUUUUCGUCGAAAUUAUCAACGGCCAAGCCAAGAGCGGUUCCACGUGGUUCAUCACGACCGAGGGAUAUCUCGGCUGCGGCACGGGUUCAAUAAUGCCCGGAGACCGGCUGGCACUUGUAGCCGGAGUGGCUGCGCCCAUGGUAUUGCGCUCACUGGGUCCAGACAAGUCGGACUGGUUCGAUUCGCAAUACAUGGCGGUAUGCUCGGCUUAUGUUCUGGGCUGGAUGUACGGAGAAGUCUUCAAGAGGGAGACCAUGAAGGAAAUUCAUAUUAUCUAG